AUGUCUGCUGGCCCAUUACUAUUCGCUCAAACUUCAGAAGGUCUGUUCUUCAAACGAGCUGAUUCCAUUAAGGACACCACCAAGGAAUCGGUGAUUUUCUUAUGUAGUCAGGAUCAAUCAAUUAAGGUCACCACGAAAGACCAAUUUCCUUCACAAUCAAAGAGAGUUGCCGCAUUAUUGGGGUUUAUUAAAUUGAAAUUGAACAAAUACGCAAUCAUCGCCAAUUCCGUGGAAGAAACAGGUAAGAUUAAUAAUCAUUCCAUUUAUAAAGUCGUUUCUCAUUCCAUCGUCCCAUGUAAAGUCAUUUCCAGAAUUGAUUCCGAUGAAUCUGAAUAUUUGAAGUUAUUAGAAUUGCAACUGAAAAAUGCAACACUAUUCUUCUCUUACACUUAUGAUUUGACAAAUUCAUUACAAAGAAAUUCUGUAGCCAAGGAUACACCUGUCGAUGAUAGAUUUUUCUGGAAUCACUUCUUAACUGAAGAAUUGAGAUCUUUACGUGACACUAAUAAUUUGACUCAAUUGAAUAAUUUUAUUCAACCAGUUAUUUAUGGGUACGUGAAGGUUACCGAUACCAUUUUCCACUCCACUCCAAUCUCUAUUGGUUUGAUUACAAGACGUAGUAGAUUGAGAGCUGGUACUAGAUAUUUCCGUCGUGGUGUUGAUCAUGAUGGUAACGUUGGAAACUUUAAUGAAACGGAACAAAUAUUAAUUGUCAAUUCUGGUGACGUUUUUUCAUUCUUGCAAACUAGAGGUUCCGUCCCAGUCCAUUGGGCUGAAAUUAACAAUUUGAAAUAUAAACCAAAUUUGGUGUUGGGAGAUAACUUUGAUUGGGAAGAUUCAAAGAAACAUUUCGAUGAACAAGUUGCACUAUAUGGUGAUAACUAUCUGGUUAACUUGGUUAAUCAAACAGGUCAUGAAAAACCUGUUAAGGAUGCAUAUGAAAAAGCUGUUGAAUCCUUGAAUAAUGAAAAAUUACAUUAUGUUUACUUUGAUUUUCACCAUGAAUGUCGUAAGAUGAAAUGGCACAGAGUGAAAUUAUUGAUUGAACAUUUGACUAAAUUGGGUCUUUCAAAUGAGGAUUUCUUCCAUAUGUCCAUUGAUGUGGCCACAGGUACAAAGAAAAUUAUUAAUGAACAACAUUCCACUGUGAGAACUAAUUGUAUGGAUUGUUUGGAUAGAACAAAUGUGGUCCAAUCAGUCUUAGCUCAUUGGGUACUACAAAAAGAGUUUGAAACUGCUGGUUUAAUUGAUCCUACAUCCAAAUCUCUAUGGGAAAAUGAUAAAUCAUUAUUAUUUAAAUUCCAAAAUCUAUGGGCUGAUAAUGCUGAUGCAGUCAGUGCCUCCUAUUCAGGAACGGGUGCUUUAAAGACCGAUUUCACAAGAACUGGGAAACGUACCCGUUUAGGUGCAUUCAAUGAUUUUAUCAACUCUGCUUCUCGUUACUAUCAAAACAAUUUAACAGAUGGUCCAAGACAAGAUUCUUAUGAUUUAUUCUUGGGUAAUUUUAAGCCAUAUGUGACCUCUAUCAAAUCGCCCUUCCCAGACAGAAGACCAGCUUUAAUUCAAAUAGUCCCAUAUUUGAUUUGUGUCUCGUUUGCUGCUAUGCUUAUGUCAAUUUUCUUCCCUAGAAGUACAGGAUUUUGGGAUCCAAUGAAUGUAUCGUAUCUCAUCACUUCAGCAAGUAUAUUCGGAUUAACUUUUUACUAUUUGUUCGCUAAUGGUAUUCAAUAUGUUAACUGGCCUAAAUUGGUUGAUGUUGGAUUCUUGGUGGUUCAUCAAACGCAUAAUAAGGAGCAAGUGUUUAAAGGUUUAAAAUAUGUUCAGAAUUCAAGUUUCGUUAAACCAAAGAAGGAUUAA